UUAAACUGCAUGAGACUAUGAUUGACUAUCAUGCUUUGUUCUUUUAUUAGUUUCCGCAGCAGUAGAGGGUGUCAAUUUAACAUCUAUUGGACUCUCUGGAACCAUGGCUCUUUCUGAUGGUCAGAAAAAUAGAGGAGAGUUGAGGAUUCAUGAGAGUUUGGACGAGCUAAUGACUGAUUUGGCAGACUAUGUUGCUGAGUUAUCAGAGGCAUCAGUUAAAGAGCGAGGAGUCUUUGCAAUUGCUUUAUCUGGUGGUUCUCUCAUUGGCUUAAUGGGAAAACUCUGCGAAGCUCCAUAUAACAAGACCGUGGACUGGUCCAAGUGGUAUAUUUUCUGGGCUGAUGAGCGUGUUGUGGCAAAAAACCAUGCUGAAAGCAAUUAUAAGCUUGCUAAAGAUGGCCUUUUGUCCAAGGUUCCUAUUGUCCCCAGUCAUGUGCAUUCUAUUAACGAUUCUGUGUCAGCAGAAGAAGCUGCUGAAGAUUAUGAGUUUGUGAUUCGACAGUUCGUGAAAACUCGUGUUGUCAGUGUCUCAGAGAUUAGUGACUGUCCAAAGUUUGAUCUCAUUCUACUGGGAUUGGGUCCAGACGGCCACAUUGCCUCAUUGUUUCCCAACCACUCAGCACUGAAUGAAAGGGAAGAAUGGGUAACUUUCAUUACUGACUCCCCUAAACCCCCACCUGAGAGAAUCACAUUCACCAUGCCUGUCAUCAAUUCUGCAUCAAAUGUUGCAGUAGUUGUCACUGGUGACAGCAAAGCAGAAUCUGUGCACUUGGCAAUAGAUGAUCUUGGACCUGACUGCCCAUUAAUACCAGCCAGAAUGGUCCAACCAGCUAUGGGGAAGUUGGUGUGGUUUUUGGAUAAACUGGCUGCCUCAAAACUUGAAGAAUCCAAUUUAAACAAGUAGGAGUUGUUGUAAGUUUGUAUGUAGUGUUAAGGGAUUUGGCAGUUGUUGAUCAUCCUCAGAUCCUGUCUCUGCUUCUCUCUUUUCUCUUGGAUAGAAAGUCUUUGCUUUUUUUUUUUUUUUCCUUUUCUUGCUUUCUCUUGGGAGGUUUUUGAGGGAAGUGUGGUAUAGUUUUUGUAAGCGGCCAAUAAAAGUUGUGGAGAGCAUCAUUUUAUGUUCCAACACCCUUCUUUCCUUCUGAUUCCUCAUUUGGGUUAUUGGCUAUGAUGAUGGCCACUUGUUUGCAAUUUAGAACGAAAAAUCGGGUUCAUGUAAUUCUAAGAGUUCACUUUCCCACA